AUGGCAGUGUCCUGGGAGGAAUAUUUCCGACUGGCCUUGCAAGCGAAACUAAAGACACUGGAGCAGGAUGUGGGCCACUUCCCACCCGUGCUGGGACUGCUGGAGAAAAGGCGGGAGCUGGAAGAUGCAGACCGGGCCUUGCGGGCCCAGAAGGAGGUGUUCCAGACCACCAAGGCAGCCCUGAAACUGUGCUGGCAGCAGUUGGAGCAGAAGGAGCAGGAGCUGAAGGGGUCCUUUGUCCGAUUUGACAAGUUUCUGCAGGACGCCGAGGCCCGUCGUGGCCGCGCGCUGCGGAGGGCGGCGGAGGAGCGGCACCGCGCGGGCCGCCAGGAGGCCGAGGCGCUGCGGCUGCGGGCCCAGCUCGCCGAGCUGCAGCGGGAGCGCACGCGGCUGCAGCGCCGGCAGCAGCGCCUGGAGCCCUGCGCGCACCUGCUGGAGCAAGCGCUGGAGCAGCUGCCGGAGUUCCAGGAGGUCUCGGAGCUGGUGGCACGCUUCGAAGGCCUGGCCGACACGCUAGCGGCUCUGAGGACCACAGAGUGCCAACAGCUGGCACAGCUGGAGGAGGCGCGCACACGGCUGCAGCGGCUCCAGGAUGCCUGGCAGGACGAGCUGCUUCGGCAGGGGCAGCAGCGGGCGCAGCUACUGGAGCGCCUGGAGGCUGCGCGGGAGAACACGUUGCACUGGGAAUCCAAGUGGAUUCAGAUCCAGAACACAGCAGCUGAGAAGACCCUGCUCCUGGGACGGACCCGGAUGUGGGCACUCAACAUGUUCCAGCUGGUGUGCCAGCAUCAGAGGCAGCCACUGGCCCUGGACCCGGAGGACACUGAGGGUCAGCUGGAGCAGGUGAAGCUGUUCAUCCUGGACCUCACCUCCAUGCUGGCCAGCCUUGGUCAGGCCGAGCCCGCCACCUCCAGCUCCUAGCACUGCGCAGGUGAGCA